CCAUUCAUUCAAUCAGAUAUACAUAUACAGUCAGACAGGGACAAGGACAAGGACAAAGAAAUGAACAUAUUCUCAUCAUUGAUGAAACCAAAGAACAAGUUCUCUUUGGAGAAUUUGAAGUACCUUUACACGACAUUGGUCAAGAAUCCCGUUAUUACACCAAGUAACUCUGGUGUAAUUGUCGAGACAUUGAGACAGAUUGCAGAGGUACUGAUAUGGGGCGAUCAGAAUAACAACUCAUUGUUUGAAUUCUUUCAAGAAAGAAACUUACUUGGCUUCUUUGUGUCGAUUCUCGAUCAAAAGACAUCAUCCUCAGUGACCAUUCAAUUGCUACAGACAUUAAGUAUCCUUGUGGAGAAUCUACGAACUCAAUAUUCAAUAUAUUACUUGCUAUCUAAUAACUAUAUUAAUGAGAUCAUUGUACACAAGUAUGACUUCUCAUGUGAGGAGGUGUUGGAGUUCUAUAUAUCAUUCCUAAAGGCAUUGUCACUAAAGUUGGACAAGAAUACAAUCAACUUCUUCUUUAAUGAUGCUGAUAAGGACUUCCCUCUCUACACCGAGGCAAUCAAGUUUGUCAAUCAUAAAGAGACAAUGAUCCGCAUUGCCGUAAGAACCCUAACACUCAAUGUAUUCAAAGUGCAAGACGAACCAAUGCGAUCAUAUAUUAUCAAGUCUACAGCAGUACCAUACUUUUCAAACAUUGUUUGGUUCAUUAGGAAGGAGUGCGCCAAUCUGAAUAGGGUGCUACUGCGCACGACAUUCGAUCGCGUGGCACAUUUGAACUAUUGCUACGAGGAACUGACCGAUCAGUUCUACUACUUGCACGAUAUAUUCAACUUGGGCUUCGAGUCAAUCAACAUGGUGUUGGCCGAGCAAUUCAUUCAAUACCUCAUCUUCCCUCUGCUCAUUGGCAGCGUGAUUGAUUCGGGUCCGGGCUUGGGCUCCGGCUCGGUCUCCGGUGUCCUCACGCUGGAGGACCGCCUCGAGCCAUCACUGGCACUCUUCCUGCUGACACAGGUGUUCCACAUCUUCACGUAUGAGCCCCUGCUGGACACGGUGGCGUCAGCGAUCGCCGCGUCGAGCGCAUCGCCCUCGUUGCUCAUGUCGGCGUCGCUCUCUGCGCCACCCCCACUCUCCAUGCUCAGCAGUCAGCGACGACGCUACGACAGUUUCAAACGAUUCUCAUCCUUCCCCAACCUGGGCAAUCUACUCAACAAUCAACCGCCAGUCUCCCCGAGCAAGAGGAAGAGCUUCUCUCUGCGCAAGAGUCUGAGCACGCUCACUCUCGAGAAGUUUGGCAUCAAUCAGAUGCAUCAAUCCCAACAACUCCUUCCCUCGCCACCCAUGGUGGAUACCACCGAUGCCGAACAGGCCCAGGACAAGACCUUGGUGUCUCCAGACUCAUCAUCACCCGCACAAACGACUACGACAGCCCCCGCUACACCGCCAGAGCCGGCAUCAGCGCCAAAAGAACCAUGGACAUUGAUGGAUGAUGGUGGCGAAGAUGAGUUGGACUCAAGCCUAUCGACGCCAAGGGGCGAGGCACUGGUUGGCAUGAGCAACGACUUUGCUCAACGACUGAGGUGUGAGUUAUCCAGCUCGAUCGACAGCGAGUCCACGAUAAUGAGUGGCGACAACAACAGCAGCAAGUAUGACAGUUUGAAGAAGUAUGGCAGCAAUAAGAAUGAGUUCAAGGAGACGCUGAUCGACCUGAUACGCAAUGACAACGAGACGUACACCGUCAUCUGCAUGUUGUACUCGCUGCUCAAGAACAACAAGGUCGACAGGAAGAUCUUGCAGUCAGGCGGACUGCUGCCCUACCACCUCGCCAAGGCCAAGAAGCUACUCGAGGGCUUGCUAUCACCUGACACCCUCUCAACCACGGCCGCCAAGGCAGCAAUGUCCAAGUCACUGCCCAACAUCUCAUCUCACUAUCGAUCGCGAUCAGAGUCACACACGCGUCUCGUCAGCAUGUUCAAUGACGACGAUGCACCAGCAACGCAACAGGAAGAAGCCAACAAUCGCGAGGAGAUCUUGUCAGUGUUGGCACUGCUCAAGAGGCAACACCAACAGAUGAAUGGCGGGGCGAUGGACCAGCCCUUCAUCUCGACCACCAUCUUCAAGUCGCGCGUCAACAACAAUGAUGACAGCAGUAGCAACGGCGGCGACGACCAGUUCGUGCCCGUGCCCGACUCAAGCCAGACCGACUUCACUAGGAACCUGAUCGACAUGCUAUUCCUCGUGUUGGUCAACAGCAAUCAGUACCGUGUUGUCACGCUCCAGAUGACCCUGCUGCUUCUCAAGGAGCUGGUGUACUCGCCCGAGUCGCCGUCCAAGCUGACUGAGAACCAGCACGCCCUACUCGAGGAGGCAUAUCGCAUGACCACCAAUAACCUCAAGGACUGUCUUUCGCUGGGCAACAUCGCCUCGGUGUUCCUCGAGUUGUUUGAGGACGAACUGCGCACGUACCGCCAGAUCGACUUUGAUGCGCUGAUGAACGACAUUGACCUGCUGCUGCCAGUUCCCGACACGCCCGUGCCACGACUUCCACUCUCGCGUCGCCUGCCAUCCGGUGACCAAGAGAGGACACAGCGUGCCAUACAGCAGUUCUUGGUGUUGCGUGAGCUCAAGUAUACUCUGCUCAGACGCAAGGACUCGAUGCUGCCGUUGAAGCAGCCUCAGGUACCAAUGGUGCGCGAGAAGGACCUGUUCAAUCUAAACACCGAGCUGUUUGACAUCAUCCACUACUACCAGGUGGUGCCACAGCAGUCUGUGGGCCAGCAGCCAUCGUCCGCCAAGACCAAGGUGCGCAAGUGCGCCGUGCUCUUCCAUCACAUGCUGCUAGAUGUCGAUCCCAACAACGUGGUGACACCACCCAACAAGCGAUCGGGCGUCUACGGUGUGAUCACACAUAUCGCACCACUCCAGCGCUUGGAGAUUGAGACAUCGCAUCUGGACCCGACGAUCCUGCGAGUGUUCAGCCACCCGACGCGAUGGAACGUCGACAUGGGAUUCGAUGAUGAGACCAAGUGUCAGCAGGUCAAGUCGCUGCUGACCACGGCCAGGGACGACAUCCGUUCGAUCAAAAUGCGACAGAUCUAUUCACUGCUUGGCGAGCGUGAUCCAUACGACGACGAUGGUGAUCAGCAAGAACAAGAGGCCACAGCCACAAAUCGUGUGAUUGUUCCAAUCGACGCGUCCAACUCACAUCCACUGGCAUUCCUCGGCAAUCAAGACAACACAAACAAUGAGGACGAGGGAUCGGUUGGCGGUGAUGAUGGUCACCUCGAACCCAACCUGCUCACAGAGAGGAAGGCAGGUCCCAACUUUACAUCAUUCUUGAAUGAUGAUACGGGCGACGACGAGCUACUGCAAAAGUACCGAGAGCUGAGUCGUAUCUCGGACGACACAUUACUUUCAAACAGAGGAGUCGAUGGCAACACGUUACUACACACAUUGAUACCAACAGGAAUAGCAUGCAAAGCCAGCGAGGACCUUGUUGUGAACAGCAACCUUAAGGAGAAUCUGAUCAUUAUCAAGAAGGAGGAGUUGUACAGCAUUGGACUAAGCAGUGGAGGUGGUGUCGACCAUGGACGACAU